AGGACACCCCCCCUGAUGGUGACCCCCCCCCACCCCCAUGCAGUGACCCCUCACCUGCGCCCCUGCACCGCCCUGGAGUUCUCCUGCGGCAGCGGCGAGUGCAUCGCCCUCGAGUACCGCUGCGACCGCCGCCCCGACUGCCGCGACGCCUCGGACGAGCAGGGCUGCGGCGAGCCCCCCCCGGCCACCUCCCCGGCGCGCCCCGUGCCCCCCAGCACCGCCCGGCCUGCCACCACCACCCGCCCGCUGGUCACCGUCCCCGCCACCACCCGCCGCCCCCCGCUGCCCAAAGCCGGGUGCCGGCCGGCCGAGGCCACCUGCGCCGACGGGCGCUGCGUGCCCCGCGACUACCUCUGCGACGGCGAGCGCGACUGCGCCGACGGCAGCGACGAGGAGGACUGCGGCACCCCGUCACCCUGCGAGCCCAACGAGUUCAAGUGCCGCAACGGGCACUGCGCUCUGAAGCUGUGGCGCUGCGAUGGGGACAACGACUGCGGGGACGGCUCGGAUGAGACCGACUGCCCCACCAAGGCGCCCGGCGCGGCGUGCGGGCCGGACCAGUUCAGCUGCGUGGCCAGCGGGACCUGCAUCCCCGCCAGCUACCACUGCGACGAGGAGCCCGACUGCCCCGACCGCUCCGAUGAGGUUGGCUGCAUGCCGCCGCAGGUGGUGACGCCGCCGCGGGAGUCGGUGCAGGCGGUGCCGGGGCAGACGGUCAGCUUCACCUGCGCCGCCACCGGGGUGCCCACCCCCAUCAUCACCUGGCGCCUCAACUGGGGCAACAUCCCCCCCAGCCGCAGGUGGGCGGGGCCACGGGAGGGGCGGGGCCACCGGGGGCGGGGCCACGGGAGGG